GUAAGGUAUUGGCGGAAUGUGCGGUGGAGUUGGGUGCGACGGAUUACAAUUGGGAACCGAACGCUCCGUGCACGACGGACGAAGGCCUGGUGUGUAACGCUGACGGAACAGUCAACACCAUUGACUUGUCUGGUAUCGGUCUGCAAGGAAGCAUCUGCUCCGAUAUAGGCAACCUCACUACGCUGGUUACACUCGACCUGAGCUACAAUUCAUUGUCAGGCCCCAUUCCUGCGAGCAUAGGGCGGCUCCCCCUGCUGAAGACACUCGACCUCUCAUACAACGUUCUAGAGGGCGCCUUGCCUUCCACCAUCGGCUCUUUAUCCAGCCUUCAAACCCUCAAUCUAUACAACAACAAUUUUAAUGGAACAGUACCCGCGUCUCUGAGUGCUCUCACCAGCCUGAAGUUCCUCGAGCUUGGAAACAACUCCUUUUUUGGAAGCUUUCCCACUGGCUUCGCGAAACUAACUCAGCUCACGCUCUUGUCGCUCUUCGUGAACAAGUUUGAAGGAGUGGUUCCCUCAUCCAUCUCUCGCCUCUCGAAGCUGCAAAUACUCAAUUUGGGUGGAAACACCAACUUCGAGGGGGAGGUGCUCCCAGCAGUGGCAACCCUCAGCAGCUUGGUUGUCGUCGACCUUGCUUACAACAGGUUCUCUGGCUCCAUCCCGACAGAACUUGGCAGGCUCACCAACUUGCAGUCUGUCGUCCUACUUUACAACCAGUUCACAGGCAGCAUCCCUCAAACCCUCUCUGCGCUUAAGAACCUCACUCACAUGGACUUCGCCCAAAAUAUCUUUCGAGGCACCAUCCCUUCAUUGUUCGCCACCCUGACCAAACUCGACAUGCUGCACUUUGACGAUAACCAGUUCUCGGGAGAAAUUCCCUCCCAAUUGGGAAGCCUCACAAAUCUCACAUACCUGGGUUUCGCCACCAACGCUCUCUCGGGCACCGUUCCACCCACCCUCGGGAAUCUCCUGCUCCUCACAUCGCUUGAGCUCAACGAGAGUGGUAUGGUGUGCCCAGGAGCAGGCCAGCCGUGCGUGGUAAAGCAGACCCCCUCCUCCCAGUUCUGCAUCAACUGCCCCGACUUCUGCUCCUCCUGCUCCAACAGCCCAGCCCCUUCCCCUGGCUCCCCUGCUGCUAGCCCCUCCCCUCCUCCUCCUCCUGCCAAUAACACUCCUUCCACAGACUCAUCUUCCUCCUCCUCGUCCGGCCUGCCUCUGGGAGCUAUCAUUGGCAUUGCUGUGGGAGGUGUACUCGUUAUUGUCCUCCUCGUUGUUGGCCUGUUUCUGCUCUGGAAGCGAAGGUCCCCUCAAGGCGGGGAGGAGGAGGCCGAUGAAACACAAGCAACCAAUGUGGCAACUCAAGGCAGUGCCUUGUCAGUGGUGCCAAGCCAGGCGCUCAUGUGUCAGCGCUACUCCUUUGCCACUGUGGCCAAGGCAACGGACAACUGGGCAGAGGCGAACCACAUUGGGUCAGGCGGGUACGGCGAGGUGUAUCGGGGGGUGUGUCCGGCUGACCCGUCUGUGGUGUGGGCUGUGAAGCGCGCCAAGAUACUCACCAACGACUUCAGGCGAGAGGUGGAGGAGAUGGCAUCAAAGAGCCAUCCGCACUUGGUGCGGCUGCUGGGGUACUGUGUGGACAUGGAUAUGACAACAGAGCACCACGAGCAGAUUGUUAUUUAUGAGUUCUGCGCUAAUGGGGACCUCGAGAAGUACCUCAGUGGAGGGCCCAAGAAGGGCACGUUGUCGCUGCAGCAGCGCAUGGAUGUGCUGGUGGGGGUGGCACGGGGAUUGGAGUACCUCCACCAGUUUGACAUCGUGCAUCGAGACAUCAAGCCCGCCAACGUCCUGCUCGAUGCCCGCAUGCAGCCAAAGGUAUCGGACUUUGGGUUGGUGCGCAUGACAGAAGGCACCACAGUGAAUCCCACCCGAGUGGUCGGCACUCCGGGCUAUGUGGACCCUGCUUACUCGCGCACCAACAAGGCCACGCCCAUGGCUGACGUGCACAGCUUUGGCGUGUUGAUGCUGGAGGUCAUGCUAACAAGGCCUGCUGUAGUUGAGGAAAAGGGCGUCAACACCAGUAUCAAGGAUUGGGCUGCCCACCGCAUGCGAGAUCGAGACAUCCAAGGCCUCAAAGACCCUCAUUUAGAGAGCAUUCCUAGCGACCUGCUCUUGCAAGUCAUUGAGCUCGCACUGCGAUGCACCUGCAUGCCUGCUUCCUCGCGCCCACGCAUGCGAGAAGUCGCUACACGAUUGGAUGCGCUCUUUAAGGAGUUUCUGCAUAAAACGGCAUCGAAAGCGGACUCGCGGCUCGAGAACGUUGGCCAAGAGGUUGCAAUGAGGCAGCCGGAGCAGAGUUUGGAUUAUGAGUUUCUGCGCAUUGAUGUCAACUCUGGUGCAUGUGAUUGA